UCUUGUUCUACGGAGCUGUACUCAACAAGCGAUAAAACUGUGUGCGUUGUAAACGACGAAACCCCGCGUCCCUGUUCGAAGGGUUUCUACCUUCUCAUCAUGGCCGGACCAUUUGCUGGCCCGCCGACGACGCAGGCACCCACGGUGUCGGUAGCAGGAGUUGGUGCCGGAUUGCUGAACAAGCUGGACCGUCUAGCCGGAUCGGCCGUGCUGCAUGAGGCUCGCGUUUAUCCGGUAACCGUACCGUCGGCCAGAUAUCGGCCUGCGAGCGGCUUUAACAAUGUGUCCGAAAUGAGCUCAUCAGUGCCCGCCGCAACUUCACCAACCGUCCUGACGACCGUCGUACAGACGGAUGAUUUCGUCGUACUGCCAGGGCCAGAAGAUGUGCUGCUGCUCAACACGACCACUGGACUGUACCAGCAAUCGGUGACGCUAACCGCACGAAUGUAUCCGAUUGAGGCCACCGCGGCAAAGUCGAUCUGGGGCCUACCGACGCUGAUCUGGGGUAUAUUGAUCGGAACGGUCGUGAUACUGAUACUAAUCCUAGCGACACUGUUCUUCUGCUGCUGGGUACAGCCACGGACGCGCAAACUGCUCAACUCGAGCUACUACACCACCACCGCCAAUAACGGACACGCUUCCCAGAGCUCGAUUGUUGCCAAAUCUUGUACCAGCAGCGACUCGAACCAACUAGUGAUGCCCCUCUCGAUCGGUAUCUGCCCACCACAGUACAGUGCCCCUCCACCGCCCUCCAACAGCACGACCACCAACACCCCGCAGCACACCGUCGCUAGUGGUAGCAACAGUUCGCUACACCAUGCUUCCCAUCCUGCUGGCGGUUGUGCCCAUCAUACCUGCAGCACCGUCACACACGCCCCGAACCAGCAGUGCACGAUGGCAUCCGGUGGGCAGGACUAUAGCCACGUAAAGUACGGCAGUUCGCCACAGCAGUACGCUGCCCAGCAGUACGCACAUCAUCACCAUCAUGCGCAGCAACAGCAGCAGCACCAUCAGCACCAAUGCAUACAUUACCAGCAACAGCAGCAACAAUACAAUCAGCAGCAGCAUCAUCAUCAUCAACAGCAGCAGCAGCAGCAGCAGCAACAACAGCAACAGCAGCACGUGCAGCUACACAGCCAUCAUGUGCAUGGACAGCAGCAGUACAGCCCGUAUAAUCAGCAUCAGUACUAUCAUCAUCCUUCAACGCAACAGCAACAGCAGCAACAACAGUACCUUCACUAUCAACAACAUCAGCAGCAACAUCAUCAACAGCAAAGGGAACAUCAUCACCAGCAUCAUCAGCAGCAACAGCAGCAACAUCAACAUCACCAAUCCACCUCAGGGCAUAAUCAUCAGUCUCCGCAAAGUCAACUGGUGCACACGCAGCUGCACAAGUCGAUGUGGGCGAUCAAUCCACUAUACGCUUCCAGUGGAGUGAUCGACGAUGACAAUGACGGUUACACAAAUACCACCUACCGGACACGAUCCUUACCGUCGUGGGGUAAAAACAAACAGCGCCCACUGUCGAAUGCGGACGAUCUGGAGGAGCUCUACGCAAAGGUAAACUUUAGUAAAAAACGACGCAACCGGAUGCGCAACGAUGAGGCCGCCAUUAUUGCCCUGUGCCGGUCACGGUCGCAAAAUCUGGCCGCUCUGCCGCUCGCCACCGAUCAGGAUGCAGUGGUCGUGUACGAUGAACGGACGGCGCUCUAGACAGCGCCCUACUGUUCACCCUCCGCCAUGACCCCUGUGCCUUGGGCCGGAAGUUAAACCGCUGGCAAUGUACAUUCUUUCAUAGAAGCAGGUUGGCUGUACCUUUCUGCGACGUUCUGAGUGUCGUGUAAAACCAUGAACAAAACCAAUCGACCGUAGUUGUAGCUAAACGAAAGAGGACGAAUAACGCUUUCCAGUUUUUGGGUGUACGUAAACGAAUGUGGUCAAGUCUGUACACUCAUUUCUCAUAUACCGCUACCGUAGCAUAAUCACUCGAUUCCGAAGGAAACCGUUGUAAGGUUUGCAUACCUUUACAUUAACCGCCCAGUGCCACUCAAGCCGCUGACUUCCUCUUUAGUGUUGAAUGAGUAUGCGAAGAGCUAGUUUUCAGCGUAACGGCUCGUUAGAAAAAAAGGACAGACACAUGCUCAAUUGCCAUAGAAAAUUUCGACGAUGCUAGAUCGUGGUUAUUGUACUGCGAACAGUUUGCAUUAAGCCGUUGUUACAUUUAUUCAAUCCCAACCGUAUUAGCAUAUAGAAUUCGAUGUUCUCUUUCUUUCAAAUCGCUCUCGGCAUCGUUUCGCCCUCACUCGCGAAAGCGGACAUUUCCUUUUAAAUGUAUUUAGCAACUCGACGACGACACCCGUGAUGGUAAUGUCGUUAUCAAACUAAAAGAAGCAUCACUCUAGCCGAAUGUUGAAUGUUGCGUGAAACAAAAACCAAAUUUUCAAGUAUUAACCGGCAACAGGACAAACCAGAUAACCCCAAAUCCCACAAACAAUAUGUACACACGUGUUACAAAAUGAAGACUGAUGAAUGAAACCGAGACGGCAAAACAAAACCCCUUAUUACUUCCGCUGAUGUGUAACACUACCUUCAUAGCCACGCUAUGGCACGGGUGUUUCGAUUGGAAGGAAAAUCGAUCGAUAUUUCGUAUCCGUUUUAAUCGUGCACCGAUUGCCACUGUAUAUGAGAGCGGCUACAAUCGCCAACAACGUAGUGUAGAGUAUUUUCGAACGCCAAAGCCAAUAAAACGUUCUCGGUAAGCAAAUGCUAGUAGGUAAAACAGCUAGUCAAAUCGUUUACCAAACAAUGCUUUUAGUUCGUAAAGUCGCACGCUGUAAAGCAACACUCACAACAACUUUGUACUUAAAAUGCACUAGCAACGGUGUUUGUGUGAAACAGCAGAGAAACGGGGAAGGAAGGCUUUUCAGCCUACUUACCUUCCAGAAUAAUCUUAUCAUUCGUCGUAGAAAAUCUUUAGCAAAACUCGUUAUUUGGAGCAAACGUAUCGAAUUCGUGACUAGGGUCCAAAAGGUAGUUUUGGGACGUGGUGUGUGAGACGAUGCAAGUGAUCAAUGCACGCGUUGUAAUUGUUGGAAAGGAAGGAUAGUUAUGUUGCGAAAUGCCAGUCAGGCUUCGACAAGUGGAUGGUACAGGAAACAAAAAAGAAUUAGGAAAAACAAAACUACAUUUGUUUGUAUCACAACAAACCGAACAUAGUUGGAACGUAUAAAAUGAAUUGAUGAAU